GCUCGUCCCGGGGCAGCCGGGCCGAGAGGGCCUUGCGUCGCGAGAGCGGGCGCAGUCCCGCGCGGUCCUCCGGUGCAGGGCCGCGGGCGGGCCAGGAGCCCGGGUUCGGUGCGGCGGAUACCCCAGUCCCUGGCAGUCCCCCGAGGCUCACAGAGAGUCUCUGCGGAGCCCCGCCACGCGAAGAUGUUCAUUUGAAGGAUCAGAAAUGGGUGUUUAUUGCACAGACCCUAUGGGUUGGCUCCCUGCCUCCAUGUCUCUGGGCAAAGGACAUUCUCUGGGUCCACGAGGCAGGGUGGCCACUGCCGCGGGUGUGGAUGUGCCUGACAAGAUGAAGAGCCGAAUCCCAGUGGUGCUCCUGGCCUGUGGCUCCUUCAAUCCCAUCACCAACAUGCACCUGCGCUUGUUUGAGGUGGCCAGAGACCACCUACAUCAAACAGGAAUGUACCAGGUGAUCGGGGGUAUCAUCUCUCCUGUCAAUGACGGCUACAGGAAGCAAGACCUCGUGGCUGCCCACCACCGGGUGGCCAUGGCCCGGCUGGCCCUGCAGACGUCCGACUGGGUCCAGGUGGACCCCUGGGAGAGUGAGCAGGUGCAGUGGAUGGAGACAGUGAAGGUGCUGAGGCAUCAUCACAGUGAACUGCUCAGAUCUCUGCCCCAGACGGAAGGCCAGGACCACGGCAGGGCUUGCUCCGUGGCCCCCACAGCUGUGCCCGAGCUGAAGCUCCUCUGCGGGGCAGAUGUCCUGAAGACCUUCCAGACCCCCAACCUCUGGAAAGAUGCACACAUCCAGGAGAUAGUGGAGAAGUUUGGCGUGGUGUGUGUGAGUCGGACAGGUCACAACCCAAAGGAAUACAUCUCAGGCUCGCCCAUCCUGCGCCGCUACCAGCACAACAUUCACCUGGUCAGGGAGCCCGUGCAGAAUGAGCUCAGCUCCACGUACAUCAGGCGGGCCCUGAGCCAGGGGCACAGCGUCAAGUACCUGCUCCCAGACGCUGUCAUCAGCUACAUCAAGGACCACAACCUCUACACCAGGGACAGUUCCUGGAAAGGCAGCAGCACCCAGAGGAAUGAAGGAAAGACAGACUAGGGAGAGUUAGCCACUCCUCCACAGAGCUUCUCCUGACGAAAGGGCAGUUAAGGUCUUUGGCUUUUUUUUUUUUUUUUAAGGCAAUGAGUUUAUUUCAGAGGAGUCUUCUGGCCCAGGAAGAGAGAGCUUCUUUUGGGAGAAGGAGCAAGUGCCUCUGUCAAAGCAGUUAAAAGGGCGUGGCAGGUCACUAGAACUAGAGGACAGCUCUCAGAACCUGUCGCCGCAGAGGCCUCCUUAUUCGGUAACCGGUGACUGGGGCAUACGCACUGAAGGCAGUUCUGCGCCAGGCAGGGCCCCUGAGGGUCAGAUCAGAACUGCCCACACACGUUUGCUAACUAGGACCAGGUGCAGCAUGCUGGUCUUGAUUAGAGAGACUUGACAGGACGCUAAUUACCAAACAGUGGGCUUUGUCAACGCCUUGUUCCAACAGAAUAAUACUAAUUGAGGAGUCAGAAAUUUGGAAGCCGCUCUUUGCCGAUUUACAUUGAAUCUUCCCUCAAGAACCACCGUCUGCCUGCCUAAGCUGUAGAUACCAUUUAAACUAAAAUCUUUCUAAGGAGUGACCCUCAAACAAUAUUUUUGAUACGGCAGAUAUCUUUAACACGACUUCUUUUAUAAAUGCCAGGGCUCCUGAUUUCCAGGUUUCUAAAAAGGAACUGAGGUAAAACAGAUGCCUUGGCUGUUUUAGAGGAUCUUUUUGAACGUUUUAUGACUGCCUGCCUGUUUGAAUAUUGGCAAAGGGAUAAAUAAUAAAUUGACAUCAAAAAAUACUAAUGAAAA